UGAACGCGCACUUCCACAUAAUUAUGGUCCGAUAUUCAGACAGAAGCGCCGUUGUUUUAUUCCUGUCACACUUGUCAAACCCGAAUAUAAUUUAUUACAAAUUGUGAUAUAAAACUGCCAGAGACGUACACUUCGUGGAGUAGAGGAAACUUGAAGUGCGACUGUGUUCUAUCUCAGUCUGUAAGGAUGGACGCUCUCCGGCUGGUGACAUAUGGGGCAAUUCUGUUAGUGGACGCUGUCUGGACCCUCGAUUGCGUCUAUUAUCAGGAAGUGGCGGCGGGACAGAGCUUUAAUGUCUACUCACCGAACUACCCCAAUAACUACCCUUCUGGUAUCAGCUGUACCUGGGAAGCAGUUGCACCCUCCAAUUCGCACUUCAUCCUCCAGUGCGAUGAAUUCUCCACACCUGCGAGCCAGAACUGCGUAGAAGACCGAUUCAGCGUCUCUCCGUCUGGGGACAAGAAGCUAGCUGACGCGCAUGCGUACUGCGGCUCAGGUACAUUUACCAUCGAAUCAGACAGCAAUCGCAUUGCGAUGCAGCUGGAUGCUCCGUACUUCAGCAAAGGGGGAAAAUUUAUGUGUAAGUUGACUGCGACUGUGCCGUCGACCCCCAAGCCAACAUGUGACUGUGGUUGGAAGAAACAGUCUCGAAUUGUGAACGGCCGCGAGACCGGUGUGAACGAAUAUCCUAUGAUGGCUGGCCUGGUGGACCUUCAGAUAAGGGAUGUAAUCUGCGGUGCUACAGUGAUCUCGAGCCGCUACUGUCUCACCGCGGCCCACUGUUUGCUGAACCGCCAAACUGCGUACACAGCCAUCCUAGUCGGGGACCACGACAUUUCCACCGGGACUGAAACAAAUUCAGCCAAGUUGCUGACAACCGAGCACUUCGAGCCACACCCGCUGUACAAUUCAGCGACACAAAGGAAUGACAUUGCUGUGGUGCGGGUGUCACAAGACAUUGUGUUCAGCCUGGAGGUGGGACCUGCCUGUCUUCCCUUUCGCUUUCCAACAACAGCUGUGGGAACCCAAGUAGAUGUUUUGGGAUGGGGCACAAUAGAGCAGGGUGGACCAAAAUCAGAUAAGCUGUUGGAAGCUGAGCUGUAUGUUGUAAAUACUUCUGCAUGUCAGCAAGCAUUUGGCAGCAAAGUGUCCACAACUGACAAUCUCUGCACCUCUGGAGCUGGUACCGACGCCUGCCAGGCCGACUCUGGGGGCCCAGUGUUGUGGCUGGGACCGAGUGACAGACUACAGCUCGUGGGCAUUAUCAGCUAUGGUAGGGGGUGCGCUUCAGAGUACCCUGCAGUUAACACACUCGUCUAUUCAUAUAUAAACUGGAUACUCUCUGUCACUCCUGAUGUCCAGUACUGUGUGCGGUGAGAAGUCACCUAAACUCUGUAACUGUGGAAAAUAAAUUGUUUACAUAUAUAGUGA